AUGGUUACCGUCACCGUCACGAUUACCGUCAUCGUGACCAUUAUUGUCACCGUUACCAUUAUCGUCACCAUUACUGUUACCAUCACCGUUACCAUUACCAUCACUUUCACCGUUAUCGUUAUCGUGACCCUUACCGUUACCAUUAUCAUUACCGUCACCGUUACCAUUAUUGUCACUGUUAAUGUCAUCGUGACCAUUACCGUUAUCGUGACCAUUACCGUUACUGUCACUAUUAACGUCAAUGUCACCAUCAUGGUUACCGUUACUGUAAUCGUUACCGUCCGUGAUACCGUUACUAUCACUGUUACCGUGACCGUAAUAGUUACUGUCACCAUCACCGUUACUAUCAUCGUCAUUGUUACUAUUACCAUUAUAACUACCAUCACCGUUACUGUUACAGUAAUCGUUACCAUCAUCGUCACUGUUACCGUCAUUGUUAUUGUUACCGUUAUCGUUAUUGUUAUCGUCAUCGUUACCAUUACUCUUUCUGUUAUUGUUACUGUUACCGUCAACGUUACUGUCAUCGUGACCGUGACCGUUACCGCCAUCGUCACAGUCACCAUUGUUGUUACCAUUACUGUUACUGUCAUUGUCAUAUUUACUAUUACCAUUACUAUCACGGUCACCAAUACCGUUACUAUCAUUGUAACCUUUUCCGUAACCGUCAUCGUUACCGUUAUUGUCACCAUCACCGUUACCAUCGUCAUUUCCAUCACUAUUACCGUCACCAUUAUUUUUAACAUUUUCGUUACUGUUACCAUCACAGUCAUAGUUACCAUAGCUAUUUCUGUCAUUGUUAUUGGCACCAUUAUCUUUAACAUUACCGUUAUUGUUACCGUCAUCGUUACUGUGACCGUUACCAAUACCGUUACUGUUACCAUGACUAUGACUAUUACCAUUACCAAUACUGUUACUGUUACCAUGACUAUGACUAUUACCAUUACCACAACCGUAACUCUAAUUGUUACCAUUAUCGUCACUGUCAUCGUCAUCGUUACUGUGACCCUCACAGUUAUUGUUGCGAUUACCGUCACCGUCAUCCUUAUCAUAACCGUUAUCAUAAUAGUUACCGUCACGGUCACUGUUACCGUAAUCAUUAUCGUCACCGUUACCAACGUCAUUUAA